UUGGCGUUGUGGAGGAGAGAGAGAGCCAACUAUGCCACCAAAUUCACCUCCUCCUCUUCCUCCGCCGCCUAGGCCAUUCUCCGAGUCGUCGACCCUCCUCCGAUCAUUUCCAAGAAGCGUUCUUGCGCGAAGAAUCGACCUCUCUCCGAAAAAUUGGAACUUGAGCCUUGUCUGAAGCAAGAAGCUGUCACUGUACCUAUAUCCACUGCAAAGAAGCUCCUUUAAAGAUUCUGAAAAAUGGUGGCUUGCUUGGUUUGUCUUCGGAAGAAUAUAAUAAAGUGGUUUUUUUAGACGCAAGUGAACGGGAAUCUACUGUUCAUCACUGUGUUCGGAGCUUGUGGCGACUUUGCCAAGAAGACAAAACUUCCUGCCCUUUUCGCACUUUAUUAUGAAGACUGCCUUCCAGACGUCUGGUUUAUCAUUCAACUGAACUUGGUUAUGUACGAACGAAGAUGAUGAGCAAGACACUUUCGUGCAGAAUUGACAAAAGGGAGAAUUCUGGUGAGAAGAUGGAGCAGUUUCUGAAAAGAUGCUUCUAUCAUGCAGGUCAAUAUAUUGCGAAGCCUGACAAGAAGCUGAAAGAACACGGGCUAGUUCUUGUAUCUAUAAGAUGAGGAUAUCCUCAAUUUUAGAAGUUUGACUCUGAUGAAGAAAUAAUAAUAAAAUUGGAACUGAUCUUGAUUGAGCAACAAAUGAGCCUGUCAUCAGGGUGCAGCCUCACGACAAGCUCAUUCACAUGAAGGUCAAUAACAAGAUUCCUUGAUUGGGAAUGAGAUUAGACCAAAGUCUCAUUUAUAUCUUCUUUAUGCAUCAAGAUACUCCAAGGAGAUACCAGAUGUGCAUGAGUGGCUGCUUCUUGAUGCCAUGGAGGUAGAAUGAAGGCUGUUCAUUUGUUCUGGUGAACUGGAUGCUGCUUGAGAGCUGUUCAUGCCACUGCUCAGGAAUUUUGUGGAGAAUAUAGCAUCAGGGCUCUACCUUUACAGGAACCAUGCACCAAUAAGAGCUCAUUAUCUUGCAGCCAAAUACAAUGUCAGUUGUAGUGACCUCAGUGCAUCAGAGUAAUGUUUUUGCUGCCACUUUAGCAGGAGACACACCAAUAAAUUAAUUCAAGAGAACCACAGAUAAGCAAUAACAUUUGGGCACUGUGUUGUUCCUCUUUAAUUUUGCUGCAUAAAUGCACUGCCAUAUAGGCUUGUAGGAAUCUUAAGUUUGGUAAUCAGCACGACAUAUAGUUGGGUUUCUUCUUUGUACAGCACAGUACUUGCAACAGAUUUCAUGGUGGACUUCUAUCAGCUCCAAGGUGUUCAACAAGUCCCGACUAUUUGAAGUGCGCAACAUAGAUCAUCAUAGUUGUUGAUCCAUAUGCAUAUGAUCUGACAAAGUUUAUACCGAUUGUGACUGCUGAAUUUGGUUACUGCUUGUGACAAUGAUACUCUGGUCAACAGAUUCUACUUGGCAAUGCCCUGUGGAGAGGGUGGAGGACUGCGCAAAGAUGACUGCGUUGAGGACAAGCCGCGGCACAGCACCGAGACACUGUGGUGGUUCAAUGCAACUUGUAUGAUGCCAUUCUUUGUGCAGGAAGUGGUGGGUUGGAAUCUGUGGUGGUGCUGCAGCAGUGUGCCAGGCAUCAAGCAACACUAGGAGAAGUUGCAAUGGUUGCAACAUUCUACACACUCGAGCCCCGGAAGCCUAUCAUCCAUGGUGUCAUAUAUCCUUCCCUUGGCUGAGGUUUUCAUGACAAAUGGUGGAGCAAAGAUAAAGAAUCAUGUAUCGAGUACCAUUUCCCUUUAAUUCGGAUGACACCCACGAAGACAACCAUGUUCAUUCAAGCUCUAAAUCUUCUCCCACAAAGACAAAGGAGAAGCCCGGGAAGCGUAAUCAAUGAUUUCUCUUGUCGAGUGAGGUGAAUUGUAUUACUUCUGAGAACCAUGAGGGGUUGAUGUAGUCCUUCAGGAGGCCAUAUGGUGGUGUAUAAGUGUAUCGAGCCCCCACACAUCAGAUUUGUGAGAGAUGAUAUCACCCUUCAUAACAGGUUCCCAUGACAAGGGCCUAUAAGAUUGGGAUCUACUGCAUAUUCUAGAUUCAGCUGAAAGCUCCACCUGGAAGGAAGGAGUUCCAGUGUUCCCAGACUCCAUAAUAUCCCCAUUGAUAAGGUCAGGAUAGGCUACCCAAUCAGGUCAAACAGUGGAUGGAUCAGGCAAAGAAUGACCCACCUAGUGAGAGCCAAAAAGGACGACGAUCUGGUUUCCCCGAAGCUGCCCCAGGCACUGGUGGUGGACUCGGCUGUCCAAGAGAGCAUAGACCGGCAGGUGGUGAUGGCCUCCCAACCCAACGUGGAUGCCCAACUUCAAGCCACAGUAGAGAAGGGGGAGCAAAGGCGGCACCUUGCACCGAAGCGGAGCUCCAACAAGGACCGCCACACCAAGGUUGAGGGCCGCGGUCGCCGGGUCCGUAUGCCCGCCCUAUGCGCUGCGCGCAUCUUCCAGCUCACCCGCGAGCUCGGGCACAAGACCGACGGCGAGACCAUCCAGUGGCUUCUCCAACAGGCGGAGCCCUCCAUCAUCGCCGCCACGGGCUCCGGAUCCAUCCCGGCCUUGGUCCUCACGUCGUCCUCUGCCAGCGCCAGCUCUACUCCGACUGCUUCCGCCACGGCCUCGCUCGGCCUGCACCACUACAACCUCCAAGAAUUAGGGCACAGCAGAGCUAAUUGGGCGACGCCCGGCAGUCAUCUUGGGCGAUCCCACCCGGAAUUUUGGAUGACGCCGGUCGACGGGUCCAAUGCUAGUUUCUUACAAUCAGCAACGGCGGCAGUGCCUCUGGUGUCGAAUAUGCCGAGAUUUGGGUUUAGCGGGCUGGAAUUGCCCACUAGUGGCAUCAACCCGAUGACCUUCGUGCCACUGCUGGGCGGCCAGCGGCAGCCGAUGCCGGGACUAGAGAUCUCAGUUUCGCAACAUGGGCAGGUUGGGAUUUUUAAGCCUCAGCCACUGAGUCAAUUCUAUCAGCAUAUAGCGCAGGGCAGCGGGAACAGCGCCGGGAGUUAUCAGUUGCAGCAGCAAGAACAAGAACAACAACAGUCUCUCACCUCUGAUGAAAAUUCAGAGGGAUCGACGCAAUAGGAAACAUUGGAAUUUGAUGAGUUCGAUUUAUACACUCGAAGGGACGGCUGUCACCAUCUUGAAACAAAGAGAGCUACAGUGUCUCCUAUCCUCGACCUCCUCUUUGCUGUGCUUCUUCUCCAUGUCGUCGCAGCUAGUAUCCUUGGUCUCUCGAUCAUUCAGGUGCAGCAGACCGGUACCGGGCAGAAGGCUGGCUAUGAUCCCUUGGUGAAGGUGGACAACCUGUGUCGCUGCACCAUUCCGACUCCAUGUUGAUUGAGCCAAUCUGUUUCUACGAGAUCACUGUCGAGUUCCGGCGUGCAUGGCACAGAGCCUUGAAGAGUAUGUCUCAUGCAACUGAGUCACCGGUGAUAGAACCAGAACGGCUUACAAGUGUGCAGGGUAAGAGCAGCUCGAUCUAAUUUGGAUAAUUGUGAUUGUAUUGAAGUGCAUGGCCGGAUGGGACAAUUAUGUUUCCGAGACCAGUAUGCUUGAAGGAUUCUGAGAGAGUCCUUCCAAGCUUUUGAUUAGAGUUUUCAAUUAUAAGCAGAACAUGUCGUUGACUUCUCUUCAA